AAGAAACGCAGAAAAGCGGAGAGAUUUCAUCACGGCGACGAUUAGUUUAAACCACCAAGAACCCUAAAACCGGCCAGCGCCCAGAAACCCAUCUCUCUCUAUCUCUCUCUCUCUCUCUCUCUCUUCCACCUACGAGACUUGUUCUUCUGCAAAUCAUGGCUGGGCAGUCUCGUAAAUGGAUGAUUUUGGUGGCUACGAUUUGGAUUCAAGCCUUUACGGGAACUAAUUUUGAUUUCUCCGCUUACUCGACGGACCUCAAAUCGGUUCUUGGUAUUUCUCAGGUUCAGCUUAACUAUCUUGCCGUUGCAUCUGAUCUUGGUAAGGCUUUUGGAUGGUCUUCUGGUCUUGCUUUGCUCUAUUUGCCCCUUUGGGUUGUUAUGUACAUGGCUGCUUUCAUGGGAAUCGUUGGUUAUGGAGUUCAAUGGGCAGUGAUUCAGAAUUUUAUCUCUUUGCCUUAUUUCUUGGUCUUUUUAAUGUGUUUGAUGGCUGGGUGUAGCAUUUGCUGGUUUAACACAGUAUGUUUUGUCCUCUGUAUUCGAAAUUUUCCAUCAAAUCGUGCCUUGGCUUUAUCUCUCACAAUCAGCUUCAAUGGUGUAAGCCCAGCCCUAUACACUCUAGCUGCUAAUUCAAUAAAUUCUGAUAAUGAAUCAGUCUAUCUACUUCUCAAUGCCAUCGUCCCUCUCGUCACAUCCGUCGCUGCAUUAAUCCCUAUCAUUCGCCAACCACCAGUAGAUACCCUCUCUCAAGAUACAGUUCAACGAGACUCCCUCGUAUUCCUCUUCCUCAAUUUUCUUGCUAUCUUCACUGGCCUCUACCUUCUACUCCUCAAUUCAAUUUCAUCAGAUGCAGUGACUGCCCGGAUCCUCUUCGCCGGAGCAAUCCUCUUACUAGUCCUCCCAUUAUGCGUCCCUGGCGGUGUCGUCGCACGAGCUUGGGCACAUCGGAAUAUCCAUACGAGUUUUCGACUCGAAGGAUCAGCUUUCAGACUAGUUGAUGUUGAUGAGCUUGAGCUUCAUAAAGAACUACUUGGACGUGAGAACAGUAGCCUUAGCAAUGGUGGUACUGGAUAUAUGGGUAAUCCUAGUACUCCUCGUACUCCUCGUACUCCCAGAACUCCUCGAAAUGCUGGUGGGCAAGAUGUAGGAGAGUGCAUAGGGUGUUGCGAGAAGGUGGUUUACAAGGAUCAGUUGAUGAUGCUAGGGGAAGAACACUCAGCUUCCAUGCUUGUUCGUAGGUGGGACUUCUGGUUAUACUACAUUUCUUACUUCUGUGGUGGUACAAUCGGACUAGUUUACAGUAACAAUCUCGGCCAGAUUGCGCAGUCACUUGGGUUUAGUUCCGAGACUACCACACUCGUUACCCUCUACUCCUCAUGCUCGUUCUUCGGUCGCCUUUUAUCGGCCGGCCCGGACUUCAUGCGAGGGGCAGUGUAUUUUGCACGCACAGGGUGGCUGUCAAUCGCACUUGUGCCGACUCCGAUAGCUUUCUUACUGCUGGCAUUAUCAGGCGGCAGCGUAGCAUUGCAUGUGGGCACGGCUCUAAUCGGGUUGAGCUCCGGGUUCAUAUUUGCUGCUGCAGUAUCAAUCACUACGGAGCUUUUCGGGCCUAACAGCAUGGGCGUGAACCAUAAUAUCCUCAUCACCAAUAUCCCACUAGGGUCGCUAGCCUAUGGUCUUCUGGCGGCGAUUGUUUACGAUUCUAACGUAGUCUCAACGCUCCAGCGACUGACCAAUCUCGGCGCCGAGGCAAUGGUGUGUAUGGGAAAAGACUGCUACCAUGAAACAUUUGUGUGGUGGGGCUGCAUUUCAAUGGUGGGUCUAGUAUGUAGUGUCCUACUUUUCAUUCGGACCCGACCCGCUUAUGACUCUUUUGAACAAAGCCGAAAAAGGAUGGUUAUUUACUAACAGCCCCUAUCUUAAAUCAUAGAUGGAUGCGCUUUCACAUAUACCGUUCAUUAUGGAUCUUAUUAUCAAGGAUAAAAUUACAGAUGGAUGGUGAAUUGGUGGACCCUUGAAAUGUGCAGCUUCUAAUAUAUUAUAUAUCAUAUGUAACUGUGAUAUUAAUCCAUAGAAGCUUAUACCCAAAUUUUAUAUGUAAAAGGCGAAAAUCAAAUGGAAGUUUUUUGAGGCUCUUGUUCUUCAGCAA